GCCAUGUGAGACCACAGAAAGCCACAAGAAGCAGCUUUACGCACAGCAGCACGAGUAAUUCUGGUUGAUAAUCUGUUUGCUAAAAGAGGAAAUGUUACUCCUGAAGACUUUCGCUCCCUGGCUGCUGUUGGCCUUCCUCGGGCAGCAGGUAUCUCUCUCCUCCGGUGCACGCAAGAAGCACGAUGGAGCGGACAAGACGGUGACCGCAGCCCCGAAUAAAGCGCCCGGGAGCCGGGACAAGUCUGCCGCAAACGGCCGGGGAAGAAUGUCCAUCAACAACAAGAUGCAGUGCUCGUGGAGGGCCAAAGACGCCGGGGACGCGGUCAAGCUGUUGGUGAAAUGCGAGGACCCGGAGUCGCUCAGUACAGGCGGAGUCUCGGAUAUAACGUGUGAAUACAACGGUAGAGCGCAGAACUGCCCGGGAUACAAGAACAACAACAAGGUCUUCUGGAAACAGGUGGCGCGUGCGUUCAAAAAGAUGAAGGGCAAAGUGUGCCUCGACGAGAGCGUGCUGGUGAGAGCUGCCAUUUGUAAGCGCGCGCCCAGGGAUGCGCACUUCAAGCUGGAUUUGAAGAGUAAGGUCACCGUCUCUUCAAACGGGGAACCGGAAACUCACGUGCUACCACCACCACAGCCUCGCACCACCGUUGCAGCUCCGGGCACACCGACUGCAUGCACAGUGCGCGCGAACAACCGGAAAACAGCUGAGGAGAACUGCAGCGGCGCCUGGGCAAGCGUGUGCAACUUCUUCCUGACCAUGCUGCAGAGCGAGGACUGUUAGAUCCGGGCCGCAGAGGAGGACACGCUCUACUUACUACUACUUACUUUAGGACUCAUUGUGCUUUCAAACAGCAGCAGCAACAAGUCUUAAUUUUAAUCAAUAAUCUGAUUUACUCUCAAUAUACCAUGUGUCAUCACUCAUGUGGAUAUUAUCAGGUGUUUAUCAAGUCAUUUAUCAUCAGUGACGAAAGAGCUUUUUCUAAAGUACUGCCUUAAGUUCAAUGCUUACUCAUCAUGAUCAUGUUAUGCUACUUUACUUUUCAGAUUCACCUUUUUAAUGGCAGUUUUGCUAUUUAAUUUUUUUUUUACAUUCAAGACGUGAUGAGAUUAUGAUUUGUUGUUACAGAUUUCAAAAAGAUAGAUCCACCUUGAGCCGUUAAAAUUAUGCUCACACAUUCAUGCAUCAGUAACAUUUGAUAAAUAUGUUAAUAUUUUUUAUACUUCAAAUACAAUUAGCUGAAAAACCUUUUAUUUGUGUUCAGAAUAUUUAGUUUUAGCUUUUCAACUUUUUGAUGAGCCCAUUGCACUCCAAACACGUGACCACUAAACGGACAAAAGUUAAUGUUGCUAUGAAAUGAUUUAUGUUUUUUACCCUUGAUCUUGAGAACAUUUUAUAACUUGAGUAUUUGUAUGUGUUAUUGCUUUUAUACAAUCUGUUUAUCACACAGAACCAAAGUUUGAUUAUCGGAGCUGUACUUUUAUUUCUACCUCUGGUAACCUUUAUCAAUCAACCAUGUAAACACCACUGUAAUUAUGCACCAAAAUAAAUAUUUUCUAUUUA